ACCCCCUGAGCCGCACAGAGCCGCCCUCCUCCCCUGAUCUCCCGGCGCCUGUGCAAACAAGCAGCCACCAACCCUCCCUUCCUCCUCUCCCGACAGCAACUCCGCCUCCUCCACCCCGACAGCCACCAUCCUCCGCUCGGCGAGAUCAGCACUGGGAAGCCCUGGCAGUGCCCGCGGGGAGGAUCCCCACUGUACUCCCCGCUUAUGUAAGUUACCACCCGGGUCUCCAUACUUAUCAUGACCCAGAUCUUCAUAACCCGGUGACUACAAGCGGUAUAAUCCGCCAGCUAACAGUCUCUCUACCAGCAUCCUGGCCUCUGCACUCAGUUGUCGCCUUGGAGAGCACACGGGGGAUUUGCAGCUUUCCCAUCCUGGAUAACUAACCUGGCAGGGGGUGCCGAGCCGCACCUCUCACCCUAUACCCCAGCAGGGCAUCUGGAGGCCUGUUCCUGCAAGCUAGAGAGCUCUCCCCAUCAGUGGCUGGCAGAGAUACACAGGCAUUCAAACCCCUGGUUGGAAAAGGUGCAUACAAAUCAAUAAUUGCAAUAGAAUUUUUAGUGGAGAAACAUCUGGAGUUUGCAACUGAAGAUAGUGCCUUCCAGCCCUAUCAGGAUGAAGUAGACAGUCUACACCCAGUUCUCAGGGACAAUCCCCAACUUCACGAGGAGGUGAAAGCUUGGGUUAAAGAGCAUAAGGUUCAGGAGAUUUUUAUGCAAGGUCCUUAUUCGUUAAACGGCUAUCGAGUGAGGGUAUACAGACAAGACUCUGCCACCCAGUGGUUCACUGGCAUAAUAACUCACCAUGACCUUUUUACCCGCACUAUGAUUGUUAUGAAUGACCAGGUACUAGAGCCACAGAAUGUUGACCCUUCUAUGGUUCAGAUGACCUUUCUAGAUGAUGUUGUUUACUCUUUAUUAAAAGGUGAAAAUAUUGGCAUAACAUCUCGGCGUAGAUCUCGCUCCAAUCAGAAUAGCAACACAAUUCAUGGUCAUUAUACACGUGCACAAGCUAAUAGUCCCAGGCCAGCAAUGAACUCUCAAACGUCCUCAAAGCAGCGAAAUGCCCGUUUAAAUAAAAGGAAAGGAUCGGAUAGCAGUAUUCCUGACGAAGAUAGAAUGAAAGAAGAAAGAUGUGAUAGCAUUGGUAGAACAGAAAAUCUGAAAAGGAACAAACAUUUUCACAGUAAAAGGAGAAAACCUGAGGAGGAUGAAAAGAAAUUAAUUCUGAAAAGGCUACGCACAGAAAAUAUUUCAGACUACUCUGAAAGCAGUGACUCAGAAAAUUCAAAUAAAAGGAUAAUAGAUUCUUCCUCUGAGCAGAAUUCCGAGAACGAGUUGAAAUGCAAGAACACUUCAAAGAUAAAUGGAGAUGGAGGAAUAUCCCAAAGUAGCGAAAGGACUGAGGAACAGACACUAAUAGAUAGGCAUUCUCCAUGGAAUGAAAUGCAGGACGAUAAAAAGUAUAUAGGAUCAGAAAGAAUGAAAUCAGCUGACAUACAGCUGCAGGACGUUAAACCUCAGUUUCUUCGAUCUGAGCAAACAGCACUUUAUGAUCAGAAUUCCAAUAAUCCACAUGCUCAAGAUAUUGUGGUAGAAAAGAGCAACACUACGGAAUUGUCUCAGAAUGAGCAGCUAGUCAUAAAACCUCCAACGCCAAAAAAUGCUGUUCUCUUAAACAGUGAAAACAAUUCCGACAAGGCACCCCAGGAAAAUCAUGACAAUAUCAUAGGCUUGCAAGCCUCUCCCAAGACAGAGUUACAAAGCAAUGCCUUGAAACCCUCAUUUGGAAAUGCUAAUUUUUCUGAUAUAAAGAAGCAAAAUUCUGAGCCAAGUUGGAAUGAGAAUGUUAAUAAAAAAGCAGAUUACGCACUUUCUUCUGGAGUGUUAAAAACCUCCCAGUUUUCAAAGGACUUUAAUGACCGGGAUAAAAUACAUCAUAGUUCUGUUAUUGGAAGCUCAUCACUUACAGAUGAGCAGAAGAGACUCCAAAAGCAAACCCUAGAUGCUUUGAAACCCAAGCCACAUAGGACGGAUUGUUCUAGUAAAAUUAAAUAUAAUACUUCUCCUGAUUGUUUGAAGUCACGUUCUGUGCAUUCCCCUGAUAUCAUGAAACAUAAGUUGAAUUAUCACAAUAGUCAAAAUUCAGGAAUUUUAAGGUCCAUAAAUCAGUUGGAUUCUGACCUCCAUCGAUCCAGUUUUCAUCCAGUGGCCACAAGAGUGAGUGCUAUUGAGUCUACAAAAAGUCCUCUUAUAAUAGACAAAAAUGAACAUUUUACGGUUUACAGGGACCCAGCACUUGUUGGACCAGAGUCUGCACCUAAUCACUUAUCGCCCUAUUUGCACCAGCACAAUUUUGCUCUUCAUUCUCCAGCUCAUCGAACAUGUUUACCUCCAAACAGCCAUCACCCAGCACUAACAGCUAAUCCUCAUUUGCUAACCUCGUCCUCAAACCAAGCGCCCAUGUCUGCUAUUAACGCUCACUCGUUGGGAAGCACUUCCCACCAUUCAGUGCAUCACCCUCAUCUACUUCCUGCCGUAAUACCUGGAAUGCCUCCUGCGUCCUUAUUAGGUGGCCACCCUCAGCUAGAGACUGCACAUGCCAGCAGCCUAAGUCACCUAGCACUUGCACAUCAACAGCAGCAGCAAAUGUUACAGCACCAGUCACCUCAUCUUUUAAGCCAAGCUCACCCUUCGGCUUCUUAUAAUCAACUGGGACUAUAUCCAAUUAUUUGGCAGUAUCCAAAUGGGAGCCAUGCCUACCCAGGUAUUGGUCUACCAUCCUCAAAGUGGGUGCAUCCUGAAAAUCACGUGAAUGCUGAGGCUUCAAUGAGACGGAAUGCUGCCAGCCCUUGGUUACACCAGCCCACCCCUGUGACAUCAGCAGAUACGCUCCUCAUGGGCCACCUCCCCGUACGACCAUCCAGCGCAGAUCCUCACCGACCACUCAAACUUGCUACACAUUCAAGUCCUCCAUUGUCAAAAUCAGCAGCUGAGCAUCAUAAAGAAGAAAAUGAGAAGAAAGCUUUCGCGGAGUCAGUACGCCCAGCACCCAUAAAGGUUGAGCAUGAACCCAGCCGUGUUCAUUCUGGGAAGGAGAGCCAUUUGCACAGACAUUAUACGGAGCCAGUUUUGAACCACCCCAAGUUGCAGAAAACAGCCCAGGAAACUGGAGAAAGACAGAACAAGUAUAAAGAAGAGCACAGGCGAAUCCUUCAGGAAAAUAUUGAAUCUGCUUCGUUUCCAAUAAAAAUGAAAAGUCAUGAGAACGAGAACUACGCUAGAGUAACACCUGUGGUAUCUUCAAGUCCAAAAAGCCACUUAGUAAAACAGGAGAACAGUGUAGAGCGUCCUAUAUCAGAGUUGUACAAAAUGAAGAAUUCGGUGGUAUCUCAGAGUUUGCCACAAAGUAAUUAUUUCACCACGCUAUCAAAUAGUGUGGCUAAUGACCCUCCACGGUCCUUCUCCCAAAAGGAAAGUGCAAACUUUUAUUCUGAAAAACAAAAUUCUAGUUCUUCAGCGGGAAAUACUUCUACACUUAAUUCAUACAUCUCCUCGCUAUCAAAACCACCUCCUUUGAUUAAGCACCAACCUGAAGAUGGAUCUAUUGGAAAAAUGAAUGAACAACUUCCUCAGCAACUAACAACCCAUACAAUUACGUCCUUUAGAGGCGAUAACAGAAGUCCAACCCAAUUAUCCAUUUCAUCUACAAACACACUCCGUAGCAUGCCUGCCUUACAUAGAGCACCUGUGUUUCACCCUCCAAUCCAUCCCAGCCUUGACAAAAAGGAUUCCAGUUACAGUAAUCUCUCACCACCAACUCUAACUCCAGUUCAACCAGUAAGCUCAGGUGGGAAAAUUCAAGAACUUCAAAAACCUCCAACUUUAGUACCUGAGCCAAAGGAAGGUUCUACAACUUAUAAGAAAAGUGCUGAGAAAAAUGUCCAAGAUGCUUGGAAAGGCAAUGAAAUGCAAAACCACAGCAAAGUUGGAUGGUUGCCUGAGAAAAACAAUGGGAAAACGCAAGCAGCAACAGCGUCAGUCAUUGUACGCCCAUCAUCUAGUAUAAAGUACGAUAACAUGCCAGCAGUGCAGUCACUUUCAAAGAAACGAGUUGGCGAGAAAUCUUCAGCUGGAUUAAAUCAAUCAGAUUGCUUAAAACCAAUUGAAGCCAGAGAGGCUGGAAGGAUCCCCCAGCCAAUUAUGAACUCAGACAGCAGUCAUGUGCUUUACGAGAAGAACUCUCACGCUCCCUCGCAAAACAUUCCCAGCUCUGUCACACCUGGAACUAAUAUAAUGUGCAGUACAAAAACAGACGUGACCGCUUCAGCCCCCACUACUACAAGUGUGUCAAGCUGCAGUGGAUCAGAAGUAACAUAUUCUUUAUCAAAUGCUGUGUCCGUUUGUACAGUGAUAGAGUCUACAACUUCAAAAACUGUAACUCAAACAACGGCACAGCCUCAAGAUAGCAAAGUAAGUGUUACAGCGCCAGUUGCUCCAGUACAUAACAAGGCAGCGAGUGCAAUACAACCCAAUACCGGUUACUCUAGUUCAAGCGAUUUUAUCCAUUUAAAGAAGCACAAGGCAGCUUUGGCUGCAGCUCAGUUUAAAAACACGAACACCAGUGAUACAGAGUCUAGCGCUGUGAAAAACCAGACAAUUACAGCUUCGUGUUCCCCAGACAGUAACGCUUCUUGUAGUUCAACAAACACAACAAACUCUGUAGGCAACGGGCAAGGUUCCCAGUGUAGUCAGCCAAACUACCACACAAAACUCAAAAAGGCUUGGCUUACAAGACACUCAGAAGAAGAUAAAAACACUAAUAAACCAGAAAGUUCAGGGAACACCAUUGUCUCUGAAAUCAUAAAGCCCUGCACCGUUAACUUAAUAGCCUCAACAUCUAGUGAGCUCCAAAAUAAUCUAGACCUUCGAACGCAGGAUGAUAAGUUGCUUAAGGACGAUAGGCUCACAAGGAGAAGGGUAAAAAGGACUUAUGAAUCUGGCUCUGAAAGCGGAGACUCGGAUGAAAGUGAGAGCAAGUCAGGACAAAGGCUGAAACGUCAGCCCAAGCCGACAUACAAAAAGAAGCAAAAUGAUAUGCAGAGGAGAAAAGGUGACACGGACAAAGAGGAGGAAAUCAAACCCAACGGUAUUCUUAGCCGUAGUGCCAAAGAGAAAAGCAAGCUGAAGCUUCAGACCAACAGCAACAGCACUGGAAUACCUCGAUCAGUAUUAAAAGACUGGAGAAAAGUGAAGAAACUCAAGCAGACGGGCGAAUCCUUUCUACAGGAUGACUCUUGUUGUGAGAUCGGGCCAAAUUUACAGAAAUGCAGGGAAUGUCGACUAAUUCGUACCAAAAAAGGCGAAGAAUCUACCCACUCUCCUGUGUUUUGCAGAUUUUAUUAUUUCCGCAGGUUAUCAUUUAGUAAAAAUGGAGUCGUUCGAAUAGAUGGAUUUUCUUCUCCUGACCAGUACGAUGAAGAAUCCCUCAGUCUGUGGACACACGAGACUUAUGAUGAUGACGAAUUAGAUUUGGAAACAAUUAAGUAUAUUUUGGGUUAUAUUGGAGAUAAAUUUUGUCAGCUGGUGACGUCUGAAAAGGCAGCUAUGUCAUGGGUAAAGAAAGAUGCAAAAAUCGCCUGGAAGCGAGCGGUGCGAGGUGUUCGUGAGAUGUGCGAUGCAUGUGAAGCUACCUUGUUUAACAUUCACUGGGUCUGCCAGAAAUGUGGAUUUGUGGUCUGUCUGGAUUGUUAUAAAGCAAAGGAAAGAAAAAGUGGCCGAGAUAAAGAACUUUACACCUGGAUGAAGUGUGUAAAAGGACAACCUCACGAUUACAAACAUCUGAUGGCCACCCAGAUUAUUCCAAGUUCUGUUUUAACAGAUCUCCUAGAGGCUAUGCACCAUCUCAGAAUCAAGUUUGGAAUUAAAUCACGCUGUCAUUGUAACUUCAAGCAAAACGCGCAGGGCGGCAAAUUCCUUGCAGUAAAUGGCGUGUCACAGGUCUUACAAAAUGUUCUCAAUCACAGAAAUAAGAUUUCCCUGUGCUUGCCUGAUUCUCAGAGCCCUGCACAAAAGCCGGAAACAAAUGGCAAUGCAAGUCCAGGAAGCGAUACCAGUACAGAUAGCAAGUUAACGUCCACAGAAUCUCAUUCCUCACUGCACUGGCUGGCAGAUCUUGCCGAACAGAAGUCACGAGAGGAAAAGAAAGAAAACAAAGAGUCUCCAAAUGGAAAACAUAUCAAAGAAGAAAGAGAAUUAGACCUUGCUGAAGCUAUCAAUUGCAAGACGUCCUCUCCUAUAUCUCAAAAUAAUGAACCGGGUUCCACCUUACGUGACUUAUUAACCACAACCGCUGGCAAACUGCGCCUGGGGUCCACGGAUGCUGGUAUUGCGUUUGCCCCUGUGUACUCUGUGGGAUCACAAAACAAAAGUGGAAGGUCCGUGCCAAACAUCUUGGAUGACAUCAUUGCAUCUGUGGUAGAAAACAAAAUUCCUGCAGCAAGGGCAAAUAAACCCAACAUAAAACCUGACCCAGAGGAGGAUAUUACAGAGAGCUGCCACAAACCACCGCAGGAAGAGUCUGCUCAAAGCUUCACUGAGAUUCCACAUUCUUGGAUCUGUGAACGGCACAUUCUAUGGUUAAGAGAUCACAAACACGGCAACAACUGGAAGCUCUUCAGAGAUUGUUGGAAACAGGGAAAGACCGUUGUCGUAUCUGGGACACACAAAAAGAUGAAUGCCAGUCUUUGGAAAUCUGAAGCCGUGAGCCAAGAUUUUGGAAAUCAUCAAGGAGACCUUCUGAACUGCAAAGAGGGAGUUGUUUCAAGUGGCAAUGUCAAGGAAUUCUGGGAUGGAUUUGAGGACGUAUCAAAACGGCAGAAAUUGAAGACUGGAGAAACCAUCCUGUUGAAACUGAAAGAUCAGCCUUCUGGGGAUGAUUUUAAAAAUAUGAUGUCUGCUAGGCAUGAAGAUUUCUUUAAAAUAUUACCAGUGCCAGAAUACUGCAACCCAGAUGGCAAAUUCAACCUCGCAUCGCAUAUGCCAUCAUUUUUUGUUCGUCCAGACUUGGGUCCAAGAAUGUGCAGUGCAUAUGGAGUAAUUGCCACCAGGGACCAAGACACUGGAACUACUAAUCUUCAUAUUGAAGUUUCGGAUUUAGUAAACAUUCUUGUCUACGUUGGUGCAGUAAAAGGCAAUGGAGCCCAUUCUAAAGCAGGUGUGUUAAAGAAAUUUGAGGAGGAGGAUUUGGACGACAGUUUACGAAAAAGGUUGAAAGACUCCUGCGAAAUGCCUGGUGCUUUAUGGCAUGUAUAUGAGACGAAAGAUGCAGACAAAAUAAGGGAGUUUUUGCAUAAGGCAGCAAAGGAGCAGUGCUUAGAAAUCCUUCCAGACCAUGACCCAAUACGAGACCAGAACUGGUACCUAAGUAAGAAACUCCGACAAAGUCUUCUAGACGAUUAUGGAGUGAAAAGCUACGCUAUUGUCCAAUUCCUUGGUGACGCGAUUAUAUUGCCAGCAGGAGCAAUUUAUCAGGUUCAAAAUUUUCACAGCUGCAUCCAAGUGACUCAAGACUUUGUGUCCCCGGAACAUCUUGUUCACUCAUUUCAUUUAACACAAGAGUUGAGGCUGUCUAAAGAUGAAAUCAAUUAUGAUGAUAAAUUGCAGGUUAAAAACAUCUUAUAUCAUUCUGUGAAAGAGAUGGUGAGAGCACUGAAGAUUCACGAGGAAGAAAUGGACGAUAUGGAGGACAGUUAAAAGAAAUUUCAACACAAAACAUUAAACAAAACAUUGCAAGGACAUCAGUGCCAAUAAAUCCUGCUCCCAGUAUUUAGGUGUUAACUGACACCGCACCAGUAGAACGUUAACUAUCACAGCUCCUGUGAUUAACCCCUGCAGUGCUGGCGGAGUCUUGCAAUAUGUUGCACAUCCACCCAGCUUUUUUUUUUUUUUUUUUUGUGGGUUUAGCAUUUGAAAGCAUCAAAGCGUGCUACACUGUAUUAUAGUGUAUAUUACAAAUUUGUGAAAAAUGUCAAAUUUAAAUGUAUUUAUUUUUUUGAGAAAAAAUAGAAAAAAAGAAAGAAAAACAAAAUUCAAAGUUCUACGCUAUAUUGUUGAUCAAAUGUAAAUGUGACUUGUAUAGUUUGCUAAGAUAAUGGAUAUUUUUCACUACAUUGAGACAGUAACUGUGAGGGUAAAAAAAAAAACACAAAUCACCAGCUAUUGCCUGCAUUUUUUGGGAGCAUUCAUGACAUAAUCUUAAAGAUUACUGCCAAAUAAUUGUAAACUUUGUAUCAUAUUAAAAUAUAACAUGGUAUUAAAGACAGACUCUUCAAUACUUUGUUGAAGCUUACUCAAUGUAUAAUUAAACAUUUACAAAAAAAAAAAAAAAGAUGUAAUUUAUUUGAAACAAGUUGUCUCAUUUUGGUAAAAAUUUAUGUGAACUUUUGAAGCUAAAUAUUAAACUUAAUAUGCUAUGUAAAUAUAUACAUAUAUACAUUCAAUGAUGUAUUUUUUUAAAAACAUUGGCUUGCUUUAAUUUGUUAAAAGUGCAAGUGUUACACAUGCUUUGUACAUUGAAGUUGAAAGGAGUUUUACAUUUUCCAUUAAAAAGAAUUUCUGAAAUGUUGA